AUGGAAGAGAGAAGUGGUUCAAGUAAUGAAUUAGAGUUACUAGAAAAUAAGCAUCGAAAAGAAAAAAAAGAACUUCAAGCACAUAUUCAGUCAUUAAAAAAGGUAGCAAAAAAUGAUAAAACAAAGAAAAAAGAACUUACUGCAGAAAUCGCAAGGUUAGAGACAGAACUGGACAAUCGUCACAAAAAAGAAAUAGAAUUGACAUUCAAAGAGUCUCCCCCAGAUACUGAAGUAGGAAACUUAAAUGAAAAUGAGCCCAAUAAAGUCAAAGUAUCAAAAGCUCAAAAACGAAGAGAAAAAAGGGAACAACAAGAAAGAGAAAGGGAACAACAGAUAAAGUUACAGGAAAAAGAAAAUAUCCAUGGACCUAGAAAUACAGAAAAUCAAGCUAUAAGUAACAUAUUAAAAGAAAUGAAACUAAAGGUUUAUCCUAUUCCUUCUGAUGGUGAUUGUUUAUAUCAAGCUAUUUCACAUCAGAUACUUGCCAAAAAACAACAGUCUAUACCUGUGGAUAAACUUAGACAAAACACUUCAAAGUAUAUAAAAGAACAUAAAGAAGAUUUCAUGCCUUUUAUGAGUCAUCCAGAAACAUGUGACAUGCUUACAGAUACUGAGUUUGAAGAAUAUUGUGAAAAAAUUAUCAGUACUAAAGUAUGGGGUGGACAAAUAGAAAUAAGAGCAUUAUCAAAUUAUUUGAAAUGUCCUAUAACUGUUAUUCAAGCAACUGGGCCUGCAUCAAUACAACAAGGAGAAGAAUUUGAGGGCCCAUCACUAAUUAUCACAUAUCAUAGACACAUGUACAGUUUAGGAGAACAUUACAACUCCACCCAGGAUCUAGAAGAUAAUGUAAUAGAAUAUGAUGAUACAUAA